AUGUAUGGAGGCGCGAUGCCUUGGACACCCCCUACCGACUUCUCAGCUGCUCCUUACCAGGACAUGACGAUGGCCACCGCGCACAUGGCGCCUCACCAUGGGCGCUCACAAUCUAUGGACAUGGCCAUGUCCGCCCACAUGACGCCUUGGGGAGAAGCAGCACCGCACGACAUGAUGCACUAUACCACAAUGCCUACGCCGAACAGUAUGGCAGCAGCAGCAUACUUCCCAAGCCCUUCUACUACACCCAACAUGCGACCUGCCGUCAGGCAUAAGUCCUCAUCAUCAGGAGGAGGUGGGUCCUGCACCUGCUUCACCGUCUGCUUACAGUCGCUGCAAGCUCUGCACAAUGCCUCUUCGCCUUCAGCGCCGCCAUUCGACCUGGUGCUCUCCCUGAACCGCAAAGCUGUCGAAGGGUGCGCUGCGAUGCUUUCGUGUUCAAGAUGCAUGAGCCGUUCGGGCACCCACACGGCCGCAAUGCUCCUGGCCACCGUCAUCGGCAAGAUCACCAGCUUUUACAAGAACGCCAGCCACACUUACUUUGAAAACGGAAUGGUCCCGGCCCAGCUCAGCCCCAAUGGCGGGCUUGGAGUCAGUCUUGGAGCGUACACACUGGGCGGCGAAGACGGCAGGUGGCUCGAGCUCGAGAUCCUGAACCGUGAGCUUCGAAAAUUGGAAGAGGUAUACGCCCAAUUCCGUGAGGUGUGUGCCGAUCUCUCGGAAGACCCAGAAGUCAGCAAAGCCAUGAUUGGCUACUUGGGUCACAACCUUGGCACCACACUCGAGGUUGUCAGCCACCGCAAGGGUGACAUGAGCUAUGCUUAG